AUUAUGUCAUAUCAUCUUUAUCCAAAUUUAGAAUUCAGAUGAUGAAUAAGAUAAUAGACAAAUUGGAAUAAUAUGUCCAUUAAUAAAUACUAAAGAAGAAAUAGUCUCAUGAUCGCAUCCAAAACGUUUUUCCUUCCCACAGGAAAAGAAGAAAAACAGACAGCGGAGGACUAAAACAACUAGCCACAACACAACGCUUCAAAUAUAUAUUACUCUGCCACUUUCUUCAAUCUUCCUUCAAAGAUUCUUAUUACAGCGACACACAACUCUUUUCCAUUUAGAUUUUUGAUUUUUUUUGGUUCUCUAAAGGAGGAGAGAAAUGUUGGCUAUCUUCCACGAGGCGUUUGCUCAUCCGCCGGAGGAACUCAACAGUCCGGCAUCUGAGAAAUGCUCUAAACAACCAAAACUUCCAGAAGAAACCCUAAAUGAUUUCUUAUUACGUUACCCUCUCAACACUUUCUCCAUGUCUUUCGGACAAGCUGCUGUUCUUGCUUACGUUCGUCCCUCUGCUUCCUUCUCCAUCCACCAGAGGUUGUUUUGUGGAUUUGAUGACAUCUACUGUCUCUUCUUUGGGAGCUUGAACAAUCUGUGUCAGCUAAACAAACAGUAUGGUCUCACCAAGACAACAAACGAGGCCAUGUUUGUGAUCGAAGCUUAUAGGACUCUUAGAGACAGAGGUCCUUAUCCAGCUGAUCAGGUCGUCAAAGACUUAGACGGUAGCUUUUCCUUUGUGGUUUAUGAUAGCAAAGCCGGCUCUGUCUUCACUGCUCUGGGAUCUGAUGGAGGGGUGAAGCUAUACUGGGGCAUAGCUGCUGAUGGAUCUGUUGUUAUAUCAGAUGAUUUGGAUGUUAUCAAAGAGGGUUGUGCUAAAUCUUUUGCUCCAUUUCCUACAGGGUGUAUGUUCCAUAGUGAAGGAGGGUUAAUGAGCUUUGAGCAUCCAAUGAACAAGAUCAAGGCGAUGCCGAGGGUAGACAGUGAAGGAGUUCUAUGCGGUGCCAACUUCAAGGUGGAUGUGUACAAUCGUGUUAACAGUAUCCCUCGUCGAGGAAGUGAAGCCAAUUGGUCUCUCUGAAUACUUUUAAUAACACUUUCAAUUUGGUUUCUUUUUCGCACUUGUGCUUCUUCUCCGCUUUCAUCUUAGUUAUGGACUGUUCCUAAGCUUGCCAUGAAUAAAACUGUGAAUAAUAAAGCUUUUAAUGUUCUGUUUCUUACUUUAAGUCAGACAAUAAACUUUUAACACUUGUGAUCAUGAAUCCUUGGCCUUCAGUGUAUGAUUGAUGCUCUUAACACUUCUGGUGUUGUAGAGGAACAUUUUUUUUGCACUCUUUCAGGAACGAAUUGUGUUACUGAGAAGUUGAUAAUAUCGG